UUCUCCGCAGUACAUCGCGCGCUCCGGUUGCGCAAGUUGAUCCAUCAACUACAACACAUACACGGCGGAUAUAAAGAUUAACAAUUUCCUCUUAUCACGUUUUUAUAUCGCGGAAUGAUCGAGAUAAACGCUCAUGUACGAUGUGCACGAUGAAUGAAUCGCAAUUACAUGACGACAGUUGAUGCUAUCGCAACAAGAGAGCCAGACAAUCAUCGGUCAACUGAGAGCCGAGCUGAACUGAACGGAGAGUGACUGAAACGAAAUGGGGAUCUUCGCACAACCGAUUUUGGGCAUUUCGAAUACGCCGAGAGAGGGGCAGACGGUAGCAACGAAUGUGACGUCGCAAGCGCACCACGUGUCCAGGAAAAAACGAGGUCAAGCGAUCGGCUCUGUCGAAGGAUUUCGCGGAUGCACGAUCUGGAUGACCGGGUUGUCGGGUGCCGGAAAGACCUCCAUUUCCUUCCAGCUCGAGGAGUACCUCGUUUCUCGAGGAAUCCCCGCGUACAGUCUGGACGGCGACAACAUACGCACCGGCCUGAACUGCAAUCUCGGCUUCAGCAAGGAGGACCGCGAGGAAAAUGUGCGUCGCGUCGCCGAGGUCGCGCGACUCUUCGCCGACGGCGGCGUAAUCGCCCUCUGCAGCUUCGUGUCGCCAUUCGCAGCGGACCGGGAAAUGGCCCGCCAAAUCCACGAGAAAGCCGAUUUGCCCUUCUUCGAGGUGUUCAUCGAAGCGUCCUUGCAGGUGUGCGAGAGCCGCGACAUCAAGGGACUCUACAAGAAGGCGCGUCAAGGUCUUAUCAAAGGUUUCACGGGCAUCGACCAGAAUUACGACGUGCCGACCGAGCCUGACCUCGUUGUUAACACGGAGAACACGAGCGUUCAGCAAUCCACAGAGCGCAUCAUCGACUUUCUCCAGCGCAAACAAAUCAUACCGGAAUUCUAUGGUUUCACGCGGCCUCUCGAGGAGCUCUUUGUGAGUGACGACCGACUGGCGGACAUUCGGAGGGAAAUUGCCGCUUGUUCGGUUUUGGAAAUCGGUCAAGUGGACGUGCAGUGGCUGCAGAUUCUCGCUGAGGGAUGGGCGGCGCCUCUGAAAGGAUUUAUGAGGGAAGAUGAGUACCUCCAGACGUUGCACUUCAAUUGUCUGUACAAGAAGGGCGUUCAAAUCAAUCAGUCGAUCCCCAUCGUUCUUGCUGUGAGUACCGGCGAUAAGGAGCGUUGCUCCGGCUUAGACACGCUUGUUCUCAGGUACCAGGGCAAAGACCUAGCGGUCUUGCGCAAGCCAGAAUUUUACCAUCAUCGCAAAGAGGAGCGUUGUUGCCGGCAGUUCGGCACAAAUGAUCCCAGGCAUCCCUACGUGAAAAUGAUCGUGGAGUCCGGCGACUGGUUGGUCGGUGGCGACUUGGAAGUCCUCGAGAAGAUUCGCUGGAACGAUGGUUUGGAUCGUUACAGGCUGACGCCUAAUGAGAUCAAGGCCAAGUGCCGAGAAAUGGGCGCUGAUGCGGUUUUCGCCUUUCAGCUGCGAAAUCCGAUACACAACGGGCACGCGUUGCUGAUGCAGGAUACCAGAAGACGCCUCCUCGAGGAGCGUGGCUUCAAAAAGCCGGUGCUUCUGCUUCAUCCUCUUGGUGGCUGGACCAAGGACGACGACGUUCCGUUGCCUGUCAGGAUACGACAGCACCAAGCCGUUCUCGAGGAAGGUGUCCUGCACGAGGACACGAUUCUCGCUAUCUUUCCUAGUCCUAUGUGUUACGCCGGCCCUACGGAGGUGCAAUGGCAUGCCAAAAGUCGUAUGAUGGCUGGUGCUAACUUCUACAUCGUCGGCAGAGACCCCGCAGGCGUUCCUCAUCCUGACAAGUCCUCCACUCCGGAUGGCAAUCUCUAUGACGACACGCAUGGCGCACGUGUCCUCUCGAUGGCACCAGGUUUGCAAAAUCUCGAGAUCAUUCCCUUCAGGGUGGCCGCUUACGACACCAAGACGAAGAGUAUGUCCUUCUUCGAAGCUGAACGACGGCAAGACUUCGUCUUCAUUUCCGGCACCAAAAUGCGUGGCUUGGCCAAAAAUGGCGAAGAUCCUCCCAAAGGCUUCAUGGCAUCGAAAGCGUGGAAGAUCAUCGCGGAAUAUUAUCAAACCGCACACAUGCAAGCAAAAAGUUAAUAGAAUAAUGCUAGAGAAUAUUAACGUUUAUAUGUAUAAUAUAUAAAGAAUAUGCAGUAUAUAUAUAUAUAUAUAUAUAUGAAUUAAGAUACAUAAAAAUUAUGCAUGAUCUAACAGAUACCGAUAUUGUAUAAAUAACGUUAGAAACCUUACUAAUUAAGGCAACACACAUAAAGUAAAGCAAAA